CUUCUAUUUCACAACAAAGGGAUUAUGGAUAGAGAGAGAAGGAAGAGGAAGAAUUUGGAGAAUGAGAGAUUAGAAAAGGAAGAAGAGGAAGAUGAAGAUGAGAAAAUUGACAAGUUUUUUGCUCUUAUAAGAAGCACUAAAGAUAUACGUGACCGUUUGUUAGCAAGAAAUCAAGUAACAGAGAGAUCGAAAAUUUUGGAAGAAAAUAAUAGUAACAGAGAUUCAGCUCACAACAAUUCUGCUGUUGGAAUUUGGAAUCCAUGGAUUCAAUCACAAGAUUUCAUGGUAAUUGAUGCUUCUGCAAUUGCAGGUCCUUCCAAUUCUAACUCCAACAAACAACACAAAGAAGAUGAAACAGGGGAAAAGUUAGGAACAAAAGAAGAAAAAAAAUGUAAUAUGUUGGACUUGGACCUCAAUCUUUCAUUGUAAGAGGAGUAGUUUUUUUUU